AUGGAAAUUCAAUAUCAGCCAAGCCAGCUCGACCGUAUACAUCUUUCUACUCAUCAGGAAAAGCUCAGGAAGUCAGGAACUGCUGCAAGAAAGCGCAGCGAGGAAAGAAAAGAAGGCCGACGACUGGAUAGAGUAGGUUUAGGUGCCGAAAAGCUCCUGAACCCCAAAGCAGAUGAAGAAUUGAGCCCAGAUCCAGAAGGGAUCCCCCAGGAGGUCAGGGGCACGAGAGGGGCUGGUAGGGGAUCUACUAUAGAUCAGAUGCCCUAUGAUGAUAGGGCGACAGGAAGGAGAAUCAUCAGAAAUCGGAAGAUACCCUAUCUCGGUAAUAGAAGUUCCAGUUCAGUCUCAGUCUCCUCUCUUCGGUCGAGAUCUUCGCUCCUGCAAUCAAACGAGAAUCCCAACCUGUGGGCUAUACAUCCGAUCGGGCGAGCUGCUAUCGGCAUUGACUUUCUUGCUGCGGAGUCAGUUCCACCAUCUGUAGCACCAUCCAUAUUCGAUACCCCUUUGGGCGGUCUCCUUUCUAAAGCACCUCCUCACUGCUUGUGGAGUGAACGGCAUUUCAUAGAGUCUGAGACCUCGAUCUCAACCAGACCUGGAUGGACGAGGGACUCGAGGAAGAAGUCCCGGCUAACUCCUAUCUAUCUUGACCGAGAAAAAGUUGUUCAAGAGGCUCAGCUCAUAUGGAUUUGGGUUUUUCCGCUUUUGCGAAUUCAGCAACUUCAAUCAAUCUCUUCUCCAACUUCUGUUUCUUCUGCUUCGAUCUCUGAAGCAUCCCUAUAG